AAUAAAAAAUCAUGCGUACGAGUGAAAAUAAUUUAACAUAUUGGCCAAAUGUUCUGACCUUGCAUCGAACUUCCUGCAAUGGAAGUCUUUACGAUUGUGCAAUUAAAGAGUGCAUCACCGACAAUUCUAUCGAUUUCGAUCGGAUUUGUGCAUUUACUCAAAACACUACGAUGACCAAUUUAUUAUGCAGAUCAUGCGAUUAUCAAAAUUGUCAAAUGAACGUGUCCUUGAUUUUAAAUAAAUGGGAAAGUAGCAUGGAAAGUAUUUUCUUAUCCAAGAUUACGAACUUUGAUGGCUGCCUUUCGAACACCACCAAACACGAGGAGAUCCUGGAAUGUUCUUUUCAAAGAAAUAUCAUCGAUGGAGAAGACAUUGAGUUCUACUGUUCGCGAAAUUCAACGAUGAAUCGUCGAACUGACUGGAGAUUUCUUUUCGUUGCUUUUAUCAUUGUAAUAGCUGGUGGUUUAGGAAAUUCUUUGGUUUGUUUAGCAGUUGUAUUUGAUAAAAAACUUCAUAAUUUAACAAAUUAUUUUCUAUUAUCUCUCGCCAUUGCUGAUCUACUUGUUAGUCUGUUCGUCAUGCCGAUGGGUGCGAUUCCUGGAUUUUUAGGAUACUGGCCGCUCGGUGUAAUCUGGUGUAACAUUUACGUGACUUGCGAUGUUCUGGCAUGCUCGGCAAGCAUUAUGCACAUGUGUUUCAUUUCUGUGGGCAGAUAUGCAGGCAUUCGUAACCCAUUAAGGACACGAAGGACCUAUACGAAACGUCUGGUUGCCCUUAAAAUAACAACCGUAUGGUUAUUAGCUAUGCUAACGUCCAGUUUUAUUACUGUAUUAGGUUUGAUCGAUUCAAAAAGUAUUAUGCCGGAUUCAACGACUUGUGUUAUUAAUAACAAAACUUUCUUUAUUUUCGGAUCUUUAAUAGCAUUUUAUAUACCAACAAUCGUUAUGAUAUUGUCUUACGUAUUGACUGUACAAUUACUUCGUAAAAGAGCGCGAUUUAUCGCUGAAUAUUCGAAAGACGAUCUAUCGUUUGGAAAAUUAAUUGGAAAAUUAGUAACGACGAAAAAUCCAUCGACCGAUCGUGAAAAUGCAAGAUCUCUCAAAUUGUUAAAUGGAAAGACAACUAAAAGAAUCCUAGCUGCAAAUGCAAUAGCAUCGAAACAAAAGGCCAGCAAAGUUCUUGGAUUGGUAUUUUUUACAUUUUUAAUAUGUUGGGCUCCAUUCUUUGCAUUAAACAUAAUGUUCGUUAUCUGUCCAGAUAAUAUCUUUCCACGACAUAUAACAGACACAUUUUUGUGGCUGGGUUAUGCAUCUUCAACCAUAAAUCCUAUCAUUUAUACAAUUUUUAACAAAACUUUCCGAGCUGCUUUCGUACGCUUAUUAAAAUGCAAAUGGUCCAGAUAAUAAUAAAAGUCAUCUUAAACAAAACAAGAUUAUUAACAUAUUAAAAUUAUUUUCUACUCAAAAUACAUUGAUAAACAAUGUAUAUGUGUUUAAACGAUCUGAAAUAUAAGUGGUGUGCAUUAGAUUAUUAUAAUAAUUGUUAAUUAAUCGAAAGAAAUGUGUAUUGUUAUUUAAAAGCAUCUAAAGUGAAUUUUGAAAAUGGCGGUAUAAAAACACCGGUAAGGAUAGCGAUCUACUUUACCGAUCGUCGGACCGAGCCUUACUCAUCUGUUUCUUUUUACUAAUAUUUUGUUUCUAUUUAAUAUAA